AACGCGAACAGAUAAUAAUAUCCUUUCAGUCGAAGCUGCGCUGUAUGACCACUACAACAUAGCCUCUUUAACUUUUUCUAAGAAACUUUCUUUUUUUUUUGGUCUUUCAACCCAGUAAAAGCAGAUUAUAACUUUUCUAUUUUACAGAAUUAUAUAAACUUCGAGAGUUUAAUACACUAAGGUCUUCAUAACCCUUACUGUUUAGUAUCAAUAAAUCCCGUUUUUCACAGGCUCUCAUUUGGUAUAAAAUUCAUCAUCUACUCUAUUUAAAAUGAUGGUGUUACCCUCUUGGAAUAAUAUUUUUUCCAACCGUGUAGAUAAUGUAAAGAUUCGUACUCAACCGUCAGAGAAAUAUAACUAGGAAAAGUCUCUAACUGAUAAAUCACUUUUGAGUCGAAAUCUGGUGGAUUGUAGAUUAUCGACCGUGCUGAUUCCGAAUAUGACCAUGAGAGUUCCCUAUAGCCCAGAUCCGAUCUUCCGGAAAACCAGUUUUCCAGAAACUCUAGAAAAUAACCCAAACCUUUCAUAAUAAUGAAGGAUUGUAGCACGCAAAUUUUUGAUUGAAAUUAAACAUCCCCCAGCUCUACACGGCCUUUCUUUGGAAAGUUAUCGAUUUUAUAGGGAGAGCCCUAAAUGUUCUUUGUCAGCUGAAAGCUACAGAAAUAAGAAGGAAAAAAUUAAUUUAGGGCUCUUCUUAUAAAUUAGAUAACUUUCCAAAGAAAGGUCGUGUAGAGCUGGGAGAGUUUCUGGAAAACUGAUUUUCCAGAAGAUCGGAUCUUCGAAGGGCUAUGGAGAACUCUCAUGAUUAUAUUCGGAAUCAGCAUGGUCGAUAAUCUACAAUCCACUAGAUUUCGACUCAAGAGUGAUUUAUCAGUUAGAACCUUCUCUCGUAAGGCUCAAAUAUCGUCCGUCAUUCUCAGAAAAGUAUAAAAAUUCUAGAACAGUAUCUUUUUCGUGAGGGAUAGGAUUUUUUAAGAAAAAAUCCUCAACGCAAGACAGAAUAUACAAUGAAAAAAUGUUAGACGGUGCAAAAAAGCGUGAUUCAGAACUUCGGCUUCGACUUCCUAGUUUUCUGAUUCUAACUGAACAUCCCAGCGAUAGCGAAGCUUUGUGUCGUCUACUGUUCGAACAUGACUCUAACGUUUGAAUACAUCUCAGUUUCAGUAAAUGAGAGUGUUUUUACUAAUUCGUCGAGGAACCUAUAGCUUCAAUUAUUCAAUCCUAUUCUCAACUAACGUUAACUCCAUGUUUCAGAUAAUGACAUCUUCUCAAACAAAAUCAAUUGCCAAUCCUGAUAGUUCUACAUUAAAACAUCUGUUAGAAAUAAGUGAUCGUUCUCAUUAUGAUAUUCAUUAUAAUGUAUACUUUUCAAAUCAUUUAUCACAUGCUCUUGUUGCCUUACAUAAAUUAGGUGCAACAAAUGAACGUUUAGAAGAAUUUAGACAAUUUUAUAUAAAACAGCUAGAUCCACCAAAGCCAAAAUCAAAAAUCAUUACACAAGAUAAUUGGCACGAAUAUCUCGGAAAACUACACUCUUAUGCUGAAUUAGGAGAUUAUUUUGAUGAUGAAUUAAAACGACUAGGUUCAAAAGAACGUUUAUUGGAAGAAUAUUUACCAAAAUUGGUUGAUGUUAUGUCAGGUGAUGCCACGCAUGGAAUCAUCAAUUUAGGUUACGCUGUUCACUCUCCUUAUGAACAAUCAUUAACGGAGGCAUUAGCUUAUAUGGUCUAUUCGUAUGUAUACCUUGGGCAUCUGGAAGCGCAUGAUGAAAGUGGCGUAACUGACGUUAUUGUUCAUCCUUAUGAUGGUUGUAAUGAAUUUGUUCAGUUAUUAAAAUAUGUUAAUAAAGAUGCAUUAACAAUGCAACAAGGAAUGGAACAAAAAUGUCUCGAAGAACCCUAUUGUCAAUUGCCUGGUACAGUUGCAAAACGUCUAUUUAUAAUACGCGAUACUCAAGAAUACAGUUUAAAACUUCAACAAUAUGCUAGACAAAUAAAAACAAUUGAUAAAGUAAAAGAUGAACAAUUGAUGGAAUUAGCACACGCAUUAUCAGUAGCUGUUCUCUUAGCAUAUGAAGGUACAAUCCCAGAACCAGAUAACUUUUUUAUGCUACAUGGUGUUACAUCAUGUUGGGCAUUUCGUCAAACGUUAAAAUAUUUUACAAAUCCGAAACAAUUGAGAUCAGCUUUAUAUUCAUUUGUUAUGACAAUUGUAGCUGUUUAUUUAACACAGGGUAUACCAGAAUUUAUAUUAAGAGAUGGUUCAUUCCCAUUAUUUAAUAUUGAUAACCAAAGUAGGCAAUAUUGUUUUAUGUCUCGUAAGGAAGCGUGA